AUGUUGCUCGCCGAUGUCUUAGUUUGUUUUCUCUCAUUAUUUAUUGGUGUUCCUGCUAACGACACAAAAUCUUGUGCUGUUUCAGGGUUCACUUCAUUACUCAAGUGCUCCUCAUGUUCAGAGUUGAAGAAGUUCAAAUUAGAAAAGAUUGAAACAUCUUGUUUUCAGUGUUGUGAAGAUGAAAAUGUAUCUGGAACUUCUAAGAACUAUGCUUGCAUUCAUUGA